AUGAAAUUGAUUCCUCUGUUCGCCAUCGCAGCUCUGGCUGUCCACCAAGCCGCCGCCUUUACGGUCCUGGGUAGAUUCACUCCUUCCUCGUCGACUACUCGUCUGUCUUCUUCCACCACCGACAUUGAAGCUCUCUUGGCCAAAGCCCGUCAGCUCAAGGCCGAAGCCGCCGCUGCCGAACAGGAACUCCACAAGGAGCAGUUGGAGAAGAAGCAAUGCAAAGAUUCGGAAUUGGACGAAUUUAUCGACAAGUUGUUUCCUCCCAAUGAUGAUGGCCUGGCAGGAGUGUCGCAAGACUCAAGGAAAGUCACUGGUCCACAGACCGUCUCUUGGCCGUGA